UUGGCACGCCACCACUGAUUUGUGAUUUGUGACAAAUAAAGGAACUAAUUUCAGCACAUACGUUACUGAAAGAUCUGUUUCAGUGACUAAAUUAUCCCGUGAUUUAUUAAAGCGCUUUAGUUACAAUGUAUAUUGUACGAGUUUAAUGUGAAUAAGACGUGGAUUGUGAACUGAAGUGGUUAAAAGGAUUAUUUAUUAUUUUGUUUAAAUGUGGUUUAUGAACCGCCGAAAUUGAGGACAAAAUUGCAGGGGAAGAAAGGAUGGCAGCUUCGCACAUCCUGAGCGCAGUGGAGCCGACGGUAGGUGGUGGCAGUUCCCGCAGCGGCCGCGAGCGUGAAGUCAAUGUGGCACUCGACGACAGAGAGCUGUGGGUCAGAUUCCAGACGCUCACCAAUGAGAUGAUAGUCACUAAGAAUGGAAGACGAAUGUUUCCUGUAGUAAAAGUAACUGCCAGUGGGUUGGACCCGACGGCUAUGUACACUGUGUUGUUAGAAUUUGUGCAAGUGGACUCACACCGCUGGAAAUAUGUUAAUGGAGAAUGGGUUCCCGGCGGGAAAGCAGAAGUACCACCAUCUAAUGCAAUUUAUAUUCAUCCCGAGAGUCCCAAUUUUGGUGCGCAUUGGAUGAAAGAACCAAUAUCGUUCGCUAAAGUUAAACUGACCAAUAAAACUAAUGGAAAUGGACAGAUAAUGUUAAACAGCUUACACAAAUAUGAGCCUCGAGUACACCUAGUAAAGGUCGGUACAGACCUGCGGAGGAUCAUGACCUAUCCGUUCCCGGAGACGCAGUUCAUAGCUGUCACCGCUUACCAGAACGAAGAAGUGACGUCACUGAAGAUCAAAUAUAAUCCUUUUGCUAAAGCCUUCUUAGACGCAAAAGAAAGACCGGAGGGGUAUUACCAGAGAGAUUUUGUGGGCACGCAUUAUCCUCAACAGAGUUCUUCCCCACAUCAGUAUCCUCAAUUUGGUGGCUGGUUUGUGACGUCGCAGUCACUGUACGGAAGUAGCAACGCUGCUUCGAGAAGACCAGCGCCUUAUCCACCGCGGCCACCGUCAAGACCACGAACGUUGUCGCCACCUUCGUCCUACAGCAAUCCAGAACGCACAACCACAGCUACAAAUGGCAGUGGCAGCUACACAUGGGUGAGCAGCAGUGGCUACUGGAACUCAACGCAGGGUGGUAGCUCCCCGCAGCCCAACACCUCCCCCGCCCCGUACCGCACGCCCCCGCACGCGUACCCCGCGCCCCUGGAGUAUGCGCCCGCGCCUCCGACGAGCACCUCAGCGCCAUCGUCGGCCCCUGCCCCCCUCUAUCCGCUGCAGUACGAAACUCCAGCGCAACAUCACUCGCCAUACUACCAGCAUGCGUACGCACCGUAUGCCCAUCACGCGAUUGAAGAUAUUUCCUAUUGGCCUAACAGUUUGAACAGUUAUGGUUACCAGCCUUCUGAGUACGUCGGCACAGGAGAAGUAGCUUACGGCGCGGAGGGUAUGCCUUUCGGGCCUACGGGGCCUACACUUGAAGCCGCCACAGCCGGCGAAGGCCGAGCCACGCCCCCCGUGCAGGAACACCCACAAAGCGAACGCGAGUACAAGUAUAGUACCGAAGAAGAUCGUCACUCGCCGUGUGACGAGUCCACGCUACCGCCACGCUCACCGCCACAGUGACCCAUAGAUUAUACACUAUUUAUAAAACAUUAUUGAUUCCGAGGCCUUUUAAAGAUUAUAUUUUUUUAUUCUAUGAAAGUUAAGGUUGAAACAAUGGGUCCAGUACCUACCAAAUCUUUUUCAGAUGUUUUUAUGUAAAUAGGCGUAGAUUUUAAUUAAUGUAUAGGUAAACAAAUGAAAUUCGAAUCUGCACCUGCGGAUAUCUUUACGUAUUAUAAUAGUUUCAAUUUCUUGUAAUUAAGUAUCUUUUUUGCACUCAAUAAUAAUUAUUUUUAAAUUUUAAUUUUUGACUCAGUGCGUAGCUAUAAUGUACCGUCAAACCUAUAAGUAUUUUGUAACACCACUGUACCUAGCUAUUUAAAAUAGGUACUUAAUAAACCUUCACCAGUAUAAAAAUAUAAAACUGAUCAAUUAUUCAAGAGCAUCUUAACUCAGCUAAAUAAAUAGGUAAGCAUUUUCAUGAAAAUUCAGUACCUAACUAAUUCUUUUCAAAAGUGAUUUCAAAAAAGACAUUCACCUACCAACUCCACCCGAAUUCCUGAUUGUGGUAUUAGGACGCCUACACAAAACUGCGAUGCGGUGUGAAUUUGUACGGCAAAUAAUUUGGUAGUGUAACCAUUCCUUCAAGUGAAGAAGAUAUUUUUUUUAUUAUUUUAGAAUGAGCAUAUCUUCAUUUGAAGAGCUUUUGAGUUUAUUAUCACCAUGCCCUAUGCCCACAAAAACGAUACACUAGAAUAUAUGGUCACCCUACUAAAAGGUCGAACAAAAUCGCAGUGCAUUAAUUCGGAUUGCAGUUUUGUGUGGCAGCCCUGGGAAUUAAUAUCGAAAGGAUUAAAAAAAACAAUAGUAGUAAAUUGGUGUUACUUUACUAAUGAUAAUUAAUCAAACAGCUGCUUCAUUUACUUCUGAUAAUUGUAUAAUAUGUUAGAAUGAGCAGGUAGUAACAUGAAAGUUUGCAAUUACCGAUUUCGGCGAAUUUAAGUUCGAAAUACUUAUAAAUUGUGGUGUUUUGUGGCCUGAUUUUUACGUAUAGGUAUAACAUAAUUUAAAUUCUGAUAAAAAUCUGUGUCUAUGUUGCCAAUAAAGCAUGUUUCUGUUACA